AUGAUAAAAAACGGGUAUCAGAAUAAUUGUUUUGUGGCAAGUGUGUUGCUGACUCUCUAUGCCAAUUUUGGUGAACUAGGGGGUGUGGAAAAGUUAUUUAGAAGGAUUGGUGAUAAAGACAUUACAGCAUGGAACUCUAUGAUCUUGGCUGGAGCUCGUCCGGGACACGGAUCUAGUCAUUCUAUGCAACUAUUGCAAGAGCUUUGUCAAACAACCUUAUUGCAAAUUGAAAGCGCCACUUGGGUUGCUGUCUUGAAGUCUUGUGAGAAUGAAUCAGAUUUAGUUGCAGGUAGACAAAUUAUGUCACUUAUAUUGAAAUCAAGUUUGGUUGGCAAUGCACUAGUUCACAUAUACUCUGUGUGUAGGCUAAUCGAUGAUGCAUUUAAAGCUUUUGUUGACAUUGAAUGGAAAGAUGAUAGUUCACGGAGUUCUAUUAUUGGAACUUAUAAACAAAACGACAUGGAAUUAGAAGCUUUAGGCCUAUGCAAAGAGAUGCUGAAUGAAGGAGUCAAUCUUACAAGUUAUAGCCUUCCACUAUGUUUUUCAGCUUGCUCGCAACUAUCAGCUAUAUGUGAGGGGAAACAACUCCAUGUCCUAGCUAUCAAGUCCGGCUACAACCGUGAUGUCUACGUUGGCAGUUCCAUUAUAGACAUGUAUGCUAAAUGUGGAAACAUUGAGGAGUCAGAGAAUGUUUUUAGUGAACAAUUAGAGCCAAAUGAAGUGAUUUUCAAUGCCAUGAUAUGUGGAUAUGCACAUCAUGGAAAAGCACAACAGGCCAUAGAAGUAUUCAGCUCGUACUACUGUGUCCUUGAUUUCAAAGGAGACAGGAACAUAAGUCUGGUGGAUGAAUCUAGACCGUGUGAUCAGAGCGUGAUUAACGGCCAAGAUGAUCCGCAUGUUGUGGUCAUCAUCUCAGCAGUAGAUGAUCGUUCUCAGUUGGUUACACUGGCUGGGGUGGUCACACGGUGA